GCUCCACUAUAGAUAAAACAACUUCAUCGCCAGGACGCGACCUGACUUGCCAAAGAUAUCGCGGCCCGCCUAGACUGCAAUGAAUAAAUCUCUACGCGCAGCUUCCAUCAGGCUCAGACCCUCUUCGCGCUCCUACGCGCGCGCAGUAGGUGGCAUUCUGAAUCAGCCGCCACCUUCUGCGCCGUCUCCUCAAACAUCGUAUGAGGCCAUUGGUGUUGGCUCAGGCAGGCGCACACCCACGCCCAUCUCUAAUGCGCUCGCGGAAAUCAAUAAUGCAGCCGCUGCACAAGGCCAACUGGCUUCUGCGUUUGGGCGCAAGCAGGAGCUUGAUCCUGUUAUGAUUGCGACAGAUGAUCCUGUGCAUCGCUUCUUGUCAGAUCACGUCUUGGCUGAUAAGGCGGAUAUGCAGCAUGCGCGUCCACUCGAUCAAUUGCUUCUGGAUUUAGAUCGUCAAGCUGGCAUGGAGAUACCUCAUGUAUUGCCGAAUGGCAACGGAGGCAACAAGGCAACACUUGAGACAAUCGGCGAAAGUGUGGUGACGCUUGCACAUAUUCUUCCUGCACGUCUUGGUAAGUCAGCGCAAGUCGUUCUCGCAAGCGGAUUUGCCAUUCUGGAUGGAGAGAUGAUUGUUUCGUGCGCUCAUCCCUUCCAUCAAAUUGAUAGCCAUUGUCGCUCCUACGAUGCGCGUGAACAGCAAGGUAAUCGCAAAGCUGCGCGUACAGUAGCCAUCACACACGACGGUCGCAUUCUACCCAUCACAGGCGUUGCAUCCCAUCUCGUCAAUGCAGACCUGGUCGUUUUGUCAGUGCCAAAGGAGUCUGGUUUGAAGGGCCUUCGUGUGGAUCCGUAUCCUGUACCGCAAGAGACUGCUCUGCAUGUCUUUUCUCAAGGUCAAGCAAAACUAGUGCCCAGCAGUCAUGUUGCAGGGUCGAGUAAGUCUGGUCUGCGCAUCAGUAGAGCGUGGAGUGCCUCACAAGUCACAGUCUAUCAAGAUCGCAGUGGUCGAGAGGCGCAAACGGGGACCUAUGAUACGCUCAAUUCAGUCCUCUUUACAGGCGAGCCCGUAGCCGGUUCAAGUGGUGGGCCAAUCCUGUCGCAAGAGACAAAGGCGGUCGUUGGUAUCAUUCGUGGUUCGGAGUUCUCUUAUGCCGUUCGCAAAACGAGAGGCUUUGGUACACCUGCUGAGACCCUCUUUCAUGCAUUCAAGUUGAUGUAG